AUGGCAUCUCAAGAUCAGAACAAGCUUCAAGGAUCACCCCCAAGCUAUCAUGCUUCAGUAUCUUCGUAUCAUAAUUACAGGCCUACCGAAACAGGUGGUCCAAAUCUUCCUCCAUACCAUAACUGGCAAGAGGCUGUCCCAGAUACAACAGAUUUUCCUCCGCCACCGGUAACGGGAUACUUCUAUUCUGGCACUGGAAAUGCUUCUAGUGCCGAUGCAGAGCGUGCCCAUGAGUUUUGCGAUGGGUUUCCCUUAUAUUCGCCAGCAAAUCCUCCUGCCACCGUCUACAGUUCCGUCCAAAGAUGCGAUAUUCAUCCCGUGAAGCCUGAAGGGUUUUGUGGUGAAAUUAGCACCAUUUCCAAAGGGCGCUGGAAAGGGUUUACUAGAGAUAGGAGCCGUGAUUGCUCUAUAUCAACCAAUUUACCUCUCUUCUUUUCUCUUGCCGACUCACCGUGGGUUACAAAAAAAAGUAAGACCGUAUAUUUUGAAGUGAAAUUACUUGGCCUCCGUACAGGUCCAGAAACUGGCUCUGUUGAUUCAAGCGGGCUUUCUAUUGGCUUUGUGGCUCAGCCCUAUCCAACUUGGCGUUCACCAGGCUGGGAAAGAGGAAGCGUGGGGGUAUUCUCUGAUGACGGAUGCCGAUUCGUGAAUGAUUCCUGGGGUGGUAAGGGUUUCACGACUGCAUUCAAAUUGGGAGAGACUGUAGGCCUGGGGAUGACGUUCCGUCUUCCAGAAGACAUCAAAAAAGUCCCGGAGAGCGAAGGGGAAAGGAUUAGAGUUGAGAUAUUCUUCACUCGAGAUGGCCGUAAAGUGGGGGGCUGGGAUCUCCAUGAGGAAGUUGAUGCGGAAGCUGGAGGUGUGGAAGGGCUAGAGGGAGACUUCGAUCUAUAUGGGGCUAUUGGAUUGUUCGGUGGGGUUGACUUUGAAGCAUGUUUUGAUCAUUUGGGCUGGCUAUGGAACCCCUUGUUGUGA